AUGGUGAGGACUCUGGUCUUCUUGGCCUUCGCGUCCGCAAAGGGAUGGUGGUGGCAAGAUUUCAAGGACUCCUUGAAGAAAGCGGGAAACGCAAUUGCAGACACCUUUGAAGAGAUUGGCGUGGCAGUGGGCAGCGCCGCCAGCAACGCAAUCAUUGUGGUGGAGAACCAGAUUGUGGCACCCGUCAAAGCCGCCAUCGAAGAUGUACCAGCCGAGGUGGUGAAUGUGGCAAACCAGAUCGGCACCACGGCCGUGCAAGUUGGCCAGUCGGUGGAGGACUUCGGCGAGGUCGUCGCAGAGACGGCUGUCACGCUGGAAGGAGAUAUCAGAAGCCAGGCAGAGGCCACCAUCGCCCAAGGCGUUACGCUUGCCACCAGCAUGGCGAACGAAAUUGGAAACAAGGUGACCAGCUUGGCCCACAAUCUGGGGGACGACAUCAAGAAGUUGGGGCCGCUGGUUACAGGCUUCGCACAAGAUGCGUGGAACGCCAUCGAGGGCUUCCUCAGCUGCGUGGUCAACCAAAUUUCCCUGUGUGAAGUGUUGAUUGGUGACCAGUGUGACUGCAGCGCUGGAAGCUUUGUGACAGUCACCACAAAUGACUUCACGGUGAAGUGUGUCCUGAAGCAAGCAUCCGAGUUCACGAGGCUCUUCGAGACCCAAGCCUCCACGGGCCUGAUUUCCAAGCUCAAGAACGGCAAGUUGAAGUUGCCUGGCCAGAAUGCAGACAAGACCAAGAAGGCCUCCGGAGUUCCGCUGCGGAGCCGCGCUGAGCUGAAGUCGUCGAAGUCCGCAGCACCUGCAGGCUCUUGUGACACCACCUUGGACAUGGCCUUCGAAGGAGCCGUGCAGUUCGAGCCAACCUUGGAGGUGAAGGUGGCGACCGAUGGUAGUACGGAGUACACCAUCAGCGGACUGGUGCGGGCCUCCUUCGAUGCCUUCGUCUCGGCGGAAGGCAGCUGCGCCGUGAGGGCGGAGAGGAGAUUCCCCACGAAGCCCAAGAAGAAGGUCAUCUGCGGCUCGAACUUCUGCCUCGUGCUCCUGCUUCAGAUGCUUGCCGAGGUGGAGAUCCAAGGCUCCCUCACGGGAACCGUUGAUGCGGGAGCCGCUGUCGAUGUCGACAUCCUGGGCACGGUGACCGUCAACCCCAACGGCCACGCCGACGCAAAGUUCGAGACCCCGACGAUCUGGCACCAGGAAGGCUUCGCAAUUGGGGCGAGUGCCAGAGCGUCCGUGCGCAUUGGCACAGGGCCGGUCUUCACGGUUUGGCCCAUGCCCGGCGUGCCGGUUACCUUCAACCCCAUGUUCCAUGCUGAAGCAAAAGCUGAGGGCACGUUAAGCUUCCAAGCUGGCAGCUCACAAGUCCUGGACGGCGCCUCUUCUCAGCCGAACCAGCUCCAGAUGUGCGGAGCAGCCGCGCUGAACGUCUACUCGGACGUCGGCAUCUCGGCCUUCGCCUUGCCCGUUACUUUCCAGGGGGAGUUCGACACCGCGCUGCUGCAGACCGCCAUCAAGGACGCCGUGCUGGCUGGGAAGAUCCGGGCAACUGGGUGGCCGAGAUCGAUGCGGCCGCCAACGCCGCCGGAGACUUCCUGGCUGGCCUCAUCCCUUCCCUGA